AUGUCAAAUACGGUAUCAAAGAACAAACCUCUUACAGCCAUCGUUAUAGGUGCAGGACAGAGAGGAAAAACCUAUGCAGGAUAUGCUGAACAUUUCCCUGACAAAAUCAAAAUCGUUGCCGUAGCAGACCCCAGAGAAUUCCAUGCCAAUUUACUAAAAACGAAGCACAAUAUCGCUGAUAAAUAUGUUUUUAAAGACUGGAAAGAAGUUAUUGAGUUAGAAAAGUUUGCUGAUUGCGUGAUUAUAACGACCACCGAUCAGCUGCAUAAGGAACCGGCGGUUGCUUUCGCGAAGAAAGGUUACCAUAUCUUAUUGGAGAAACCCAUGGCUGUUACAGCAGAAGACUGUAUAGAAAUAGUCAAAACUGUGAAAGAAAACGAUGUAUUGCUGGUUGUUGGUCAUGUAUUACGUUACAUCAUGUGGUCCCUCAAAAUAAAAGAAAUAAUAGACAGUGGUGCACUCGGGGAAAUUGUCAAUAUUCAGCAUACUGAACCGAUUGGUUUUUGGCAUUUUGCACAUUCGUUUGUUCGAGGUAACUGGCAUAACGAAGCCGACAGUUCUUGUUCUUUAUUAGCCAAAUGCUGCCACGACAUUGAUUUAAUUUACUAUUGGAUGGGUGAUCUAAAAUGCGAAAAUGUGUCUUCCUUUGGACACCUUUCUCACUUCACCAGGGAGAAUAAGCCUAAAGAUGCUGCUGAACGCUGCAUGGAUUGUCCAGCUCAUGUCGAGAAUAACUGUGCUUAUUCUGCUAAACGCAUUUAUCUAGAUAUGGUUAAAAGUGGUCAUACAGGAUGGCCUGUAAAUGUCGUAUCGGAUAUACCAGAUAUAGAAAAUUUGACGAAAGCCUUAAAAACAGGACCAUACGGGAAAUGUGUUUACCAGAAUGAUAAUGACGUCAUGUCACAACAGGUUGUCAAUUUUCAGUUUACAGGCGGUGCUACGGCUACCUUGACUAUGAUAGCUUUUACUAAAGGUAUAUGUGCCAGAGCAACCAACAUUUAUGGAACCAAGGGUGAAUUAAAGUUUGAUGAUGCCAAAUCGAAUGAAAUCCACGUCUUUGAUUUUCUUACUGGACAAACAUGUAAGUUUAUGCUUUGA